AUGGCGAUGAUUGCUGCGCCAUUGGCUCACCCUGCUGUGGUUGGUCCCACCAGGGGUCUGGCUGCUGUGGAUCCGCUUCGAUGCAGCAAAGCAAGUGCCAACGGUGCUUUGACGGCAACUACAGUUGCUGUGGUCGCACGACACAAGAGAGUGCGGAAGAUACUUGCCAAAGCAGAGAAGGAGGAGACUGAGGAUGUGAAGGAUAGUGCUGAAUCCACGAAGACCUCAGGGUUCAGGAGAUGGUGGAAGAAGACUGCCAAGAUCGAUGCCAAAGCUUUGCGAAAAAUGGGCCUGAUGUGCCUCUUGUCUUAUGGCUUUGUGUCGAAUGUCAACGCGUUACUGCUUAUCCUCCUAGCAACAUACCGAUCAAUCCUGGCCACUGGGGCAAGCCCUUUGGCUAGCAAGGCGUCGCUAAAGCAAUUUGGCAUCACGUGGGCAGGACUAUACGUGAUCAGCAACAUUGUCAGACCUGUGCGAAUCAGUAUCGCUUUGGCAAUCUCGAAGCCAUUUGAUAAGCUCGUGAAAUUCUUCGAGGAAAAACUAAAGUGCAAGCGUUGGAUGGCGAUUGGUGCGGUAGUGCUCUUCUUGAACGUCUUCUUGACCAUCGCCUUGCUUUGGGGUGGUAUGAUCCUGGUAUCAAGCUUGACUGGGGUCAAGGUGAGUGCUUCCCAGAUUGGCGUCCUGCUAAAGGCGGGCAAAGCUGCCAAGGGGCACUGA